AUGUCGUCGUCCGUCGUACCUUUUCACCCGGGGAUGCGUCUUGGACAGGGGUACAAUACCUUCACCCAAGAAACAACCAUUAACGAUGCAGUGCAAAAGCUCGACGGGGUCCGAGCGACCGACGGAGAUCUUCAACACGCAGCGGAGCGCUUUCUGGACGCAAAGGAAACCGUCACUGCCCCCGAGAUCCUCUCCACGCCAACAGGCCAUCUGGCGCGGCAGACCGGCAAGGUCAGUCAGACAAUCAAAUGGGAAGCCCUGAUCAUUCGACAUCUAAGUGAUGUCACAAAAAGAAUGGAUCUUUCUGGUGCUCAUAUCAUCAAGAAUGACGCUCGUGGUACCAAUACCAAAGUGCGUGGAUACUUCGUGGACGAAGUCGCAUUCGGGAAUGCAGACCUCAACUAUCUCUUCCACGUCGACGUCGUCAACCAGAAGCUAGUCGCGCACGAGGUGAACCAAUUCGUGCCGCUCAGGAACGUCCCCCCUGCGCGCUUCACCGAAGUCUACGGCGAUGGUUUCGUUUCCGGCUUUCUGGAGGGUGGUACGUUCAAUGCUCUGGUGUCUGUCAAACUGACCCAAUCCACACCACCCGAGGCCUUCGAGCGCGCCUUUACAUCAGCAUUGGGCAUUGGGCGAAUGGGAUCUCUCGGGUUCAAUGAAGUGGGCCACUCGACGGGAUCGGUCAGCGCUGCAGAUCUGCUGAGCGCGCAUGAAACGUCCACAUCGGUUUCGUGGACAGGCGGCGGCAAGAUCAGACCAGUGGACGCCACCGACUGGGACAUUGUCUCUUUGAAAGAAGCUGCGAUGAACUUUCCAGACGCUGUCGCCGAGUGUCCUGACAGAGUGAGCGCAAUCAUUACCAAGUACACUGCUCUGCGGAGUUUCUACCAACAGUCCCGGCGAGGAGUGCCCUUGACUUACGAAAACGCGGGCUUCUAUGCACAUGGCUUGAUGGACCAAUACACCGACUACAAAGUUCUUUCAUCUCGGACUCGAGCUUUGAUCAAUCAUAUGCAGGAAGAUUCGACUCCUCUGUACGAGCAAAAGGUUCGCAAAGAUUUUGCCGCAGUAGCAGCGGCUAUGAACAAGUUUUACGUCGAUAGCAAAGCAGCUCUUGCCGCGAGACAACAGCUCGUUCCGUACGCCGGCUUCAUCCAGGGGCGGUUGACUACCGGUCCGGAGCCUGUAAGCUUGUUGGACGAACUUCUUCCCCCGAACCCGUUGUUGCCAUACAAAGCUACGAUUAUUGGUUUGGAAACCGCUCUCCGGGAUAUAUAUCUUGAGAUGAAAAAGAUUGCCAAAAGGGUGGAUCUUUUGGCUGUAUUCCCGCAGGUUCUGAAUGAUGCAAACCGGCCGCAACAGUUCAUCAGUCCUGCCAUCUUUCGCCUGCUCAUUCCAAGCAAGACUGCCAGCACUGACCCUGCGGGCACUGAUGAUAGCGAUACGGAAGCUGCUGUUGAAGCAUUGCGCAAGGAACGAGAUAUURCCGUUGUUGCGGUUAAAGCACUUGAGAAAGAGAGAGACAUUGCCGUCGUCUCAAGUGAGGUACUCAACAAAGAGAAAGAAGCCGCUGUUGUUGCUCUUGAACAGGUUCAAGAGAAGGUCCAGGCCGAUCAAGCAAAAUUCCAACAGGAAACGGAACAGGCCAAGAAAGACUUUUCGUCCUCGACCGAAGUCCUCAAAAAGGAGCGGGAUACUGCUAUCGUCGCUCUCGCACAGGCCCAAAAGCAGGAACAAGCCAAUCAAGCAAAGUCUCAGCAAGAGAUCGAACAAGCCAAACGAGAUCUAUCUGCCUCUUCAGAAGUAGCGCGGCAAAAAGAAAAUGAACUUCAGAAUCUGACAGUCAGGCUAAGCGAUGCUCAAGAAAAUGCAGAUUUCUCCACGAGCGUAACCAAGUUUUGGAAGGCCAAACUCAAAAACGGGGUCGGUAUGGAGACGAGACUACAGGUCAAAUUGAGCAAUGGCGCCCAAUACGACGGCAUCGAGGUAGGGGAAAAGCUGGAUCAACUUUUACUCACCUGGGCCCAAGGACCCAGCGCCUCCCUUCCUUUCAGAUUCGUCCCGGCGAAUGAUUUCGUCAAGAGAGACGGGAAGGGGGUGGACAAUGGUCUAGACUUUGUCGRGAAGUUUUGCUUCAUAAGGCGCGGCCUUGUUGUCCCUGAUCUUGUCUACGACUUGAAGAUACGAGCUCCGGGAGAGAUUGUCAUAGACUUUCAUCGCUGGCUCCUGCUGGCAGGAAUUGAUCCAGAUCAGCAGACCCAGAUAAUGAAGCUGCACGGCUCACGGAUUGACCUUCUUCGCCAGAAAGGCCUGAAUUUCUCCUUGGGCCCCUUGGUCGGUUCUUCCCCUGACAAGGGGGGAAACAAUUGGGAGCACAUUCCCCAAGUCGAUGAGUAUGAUGUAGUGCGUCGCAUUACAUUCUUCCUCGCCAAUAAUUCGAUCGUGGGGCUUGCAAUCACAACCGAUAAAUUCCCGGAAUCCAUCCUGCCAGCUGCCAACAUCAUGGAUCAAGGAUUCACGAGGAGAGUCAUCGAGCUGCUUGAUGACAUUCGUAUUCUCCGUGUCGAGCUCUUUGGAGGAUUCGCGGAAAGGUUCACGGACGGAAAGACGCAAGCUCUGACAGCUGCCUGGUUCUGGACAACCGAUGGACGGAAAGAGGGAUUUGAUCUCUACCCAGAUCAACCCCAUCGUCCAAAAUGGCAAGGAACACCGCCUAUAGCCGGGUACGUGUUGAAAGGAUUCUGGGGCGGCUACGGCGAGAUCUACGACCGCGUCGGCGUCAUCUGGGGCAUUGACGCGCCAAAGGAAGAACAGUAUGUGGCUCGCAAGGUCUUUUGUCCGGAUUAUGACGAGCUGCAGAGUGCAUCGUGGAGGAAGUUUGUCGAUGGGUGGAAGAAGCCUGGAUAUGUCAUGUCGAGAAUUGCAGGCACACUCACAGAGGACAGUGUUACUGCCACGCUCGGGGAGAUCGAUGAAGAGAAUGGUAAGCUCAAAGGCUUGUCUUGCAACCAGGGAGGUGAUGAUCUAUAUGGUUUCAAAUUCGAGUACUCGACGGGUAAGAAUAUUUUCGCAGGCGUGGCGCCAAGCGGUACAGGUGCUUGGACUGCCAUCGCCAUGGAUGGAGUGGAUCGAAUUGUCUCCGUGACUAUCCGUUGCACUCCAUCACAGGGCAGAACCGUGCCAUUCCACGUCAAGUUUGUGGGAGCAAAUGGAGCCGAGGCAGACGUAUAUGGAUCGAGAAGUGACGCCAAAACGUGGUUCAAUGCGUCUUCAACUGGGCGGCAAUCAAUGACAGAGACGGCCGGGCGAGGGCUGUUCCUCAAAGGUGUUGCGGUUCAGCGGGCAAGUCUGAUGAUUUACUCCAUGGCGGUCAUCUGGGGACCGCAGUGA